UUCUUACUUGUUGCAGCCUACACAACACAGGGGACAAUGCAAGACCAAUACACAAUGUUAAGAUUCAAGUAUCAAAUAAAUCAGUGAAAUAACAAUAUAAACAAUUGUUAAAUAAGGUGCAGUAUUAUUCUGAGAAGCAGCAUGAUUAGUUCCAUUAAGUCAUUCCAAUAAUGUGCAAUAUUUUGUGCAAAAUAAUUAUAGCUGGAUUAUGUUCAUACAACAUGUCAAAAAAUGUCAAAUUAUGUCAAAUUAUUAUUAUUAUUCUAUAGUUAAUGGGGUCCCAGGCUGCAAAAAGUUUGAGAGUGGUGCAACAGAAAAGCUUUCAUUGUAGAUCGCAAGUUCCGAUCCUGACAAUGCCACAGCUGCCUGUAGCUGGAAACCAAGGGAAUAAAAUUGGCUGUGCUUUCUUGGUUAAAUCUUAACUUAAACACUGAAAUCUAAAUAAAAAAUUGCUGCUGUAGGAAAACAAUCAACUGGGUUGUAUGAUAGAAGUAGAGUUACUAAUGAUUACAAUUUCUAAAAAAAAAUUUAAUCUGUUCUUUAUGACAGAAUGGUUGGAGACAGAUGCACGUGCGAAAUAUUUUAAGUGCAAGUGCAACACCCGUGAACAAGAAUUAUUACAUGAAAAGAUUAUGUAACAUAAACGCACACAUAAACUUGCCAGGCAUGAAAUGUGCAUGAGCAUGGCAUGAUCUAACAACAAUGCUACUCACAACAGAUGACAGACAAAGAGUGCUAUACAAACAUGACUUAUAUACUGGUGCUCAUUGUCCAUAAACGUGGUUCAGGUGCUUGUGAUCAUGUGACUCAGUGUGUGACAUGAACAUGUGGUGUGCAGUGGCUGAUGGGGACUGUAGUCCUACACUCUUGGCACUAAUCCUGACAUUCUUUCAUACAUUUUAUCUGUGUAUAGUUACAUUUAAUGUUGUGAAAAAUCCACAGAACACGUUGGUUCCUGUUGUCACUUAUGUUGUAACAGCUGUAAAAAGUUCCUCACCAGCGUCUCUUUUUACUCUCACUUAAAGUUAAAACUCAAAGUUACAGUGUUACCUCUGACUGUUACAAAGUGCUAACACUGGAGACUCCUUCCAUAAAUGUUAAAUAAAUGUCUCCUUACAGUAAAGUUAGUACAAUAUAAAUGUGAGUGUAGAGCUGAAGUACAUUAUAGAAAAAAUGAAUCAGCCACUCAGAAUCGAGCAUUCAACAGCACUGUGGUAUAAAAGGUAAGUGAUCGGUUGUGAAUGGCUUGUAUUUUUCUUGUAAAUUCAUACUUUAAUGCUGUGUGUGUGCAUGAGGGUGUUUUUCAGCACAUAAAGAGUGGAGGAGAUUUUAGAAAAAAGUUGUGGUCAGAGCGCUUCCGCUCUCCUGCAUCUAAAACACAACUGAAGUGUUUCCUGACUGAAGCAGAACGAUUUCAGAGUGCUUGAGAACAGUGUUCAGCUUCAGCAUGAAGACUGUGCUUUGGUUCUAUCUACUUGUGUGCUGUGGAGCUGCAGAAAGUUUCACAGAGAAGUCGGUAGAUUUGGGACAAAAUGUGACUCUAAAGUGUGAGGUGUCUGUAAAAAAUGUGCUCUGGUUCCUGAUGAAGCCGUCAGAACCUCCACUGUUGAUAUUACGCUCUUUCUCAAGUAAAAGCCUAGAGGCACAAUACAGUAACACGACCUUCAACAAGACUUUCUCACUGCAAUAUAACAGCAGUUUAUUUAUACACAAUAUCAGCACUAAUGAAUUAGGAGUGUAUUAUUGUAUUCAAACUGGUUCACCUCCCGACAUCAGCAGUGGAAUCAGACUUUACACCCAGAAUCACUCAGCUGAGAAUCAGACAGCGGAUAAACAUGAAGAUAAAGAAACCAGCCUCAUGCCGAUUCUCAUCAUAUCAGGAAUAAUGAACUGUGCUCUGGUCGUUGCAGUUACAGUUUUUACAGUUCGUCACUGCAGAAGACCUCCAAAAACUCAAGCACAACCUCCAGAUCCUGGUUUACAGCCGCAUCAGGACAACACCGGCCCUGUGUAUGCUGAGGUGCAGCACACCACGAAGAACAGACCCAUCAGGACGACUAACAUCAACAGCACAUACGCUCUUCUAAAGCCACGAACCCCUGACCCAGAGUGACUCCACACAACGCAUGGACUUCAUAUCACAUCCAGAAAGAAGCCUCAUUUCUGCAGCUGCUAAUAGGGCAGUGGUUUUAGCUCAGUGGCUAAGACAUUGGACUACUGAUCGGAAGGUCAGGAGUUCAAUCCCCAGCACCACCAAGCUGCCACUGCUGGGCCCUUGAGCAAGGCCCUCAACUGCUCAGUUGUAUAAAAAAAAAAUGAGAUAAAUAUAAGUCACUCUGGAUAAGGGUGUCUGCCAAAUGCCAUAAGUGUAAAUGAUGUAUAAUGGACAAUUUGUAAAUGAGUCAUUUGUAAAAUAAGAUAAAUUGAUUCAAGCGGAAACAAAUCUUUUUAGAAUUUUUUAAGGUCUAAAUUCAUAGAAAAGGUCUAAAGUGCUUUUCUAAAUUCUGUUCGAGUUGCAAAUCAAAACUCACAUUGUUAGAGUCACCUAAAGAGAUGAUUUGGAAGAUUCAAAUCACUGAAGUGAGUCAUUGAACCGAAGUGAGUCAUGUUUCAAACGCUGAAAAUGUCUAGUGUUCUUACUAGAACGUCGGCCAUUUUAAGAAACAUAGAGAAGGGGGGCGGCACCAAGAACUCAAACAUUUCUUCUAUUAUUUUAUAGAUCUAAAAUUAUAGUACUGUCUUGUAUUAUUAGCUCAGUGGUUUUCAAAGUGCUAUGUGAGAUUUUCUAAUUAUGUGAUUUUUUUUUUUUUAUUAUUAUUAUUACAACUCCCCAUUAUCCGAGUUACUAUAUACAGUAUAUUACUGUCUUAUGAGCCUGUUUGACUGCUCACUUGAAUGGAAUAGCUGUUACCUAAGAAUUGCCGUCUCGCAUGGACGAGAGAUUUCCCAUAAUGCACUGGCAGUGUUUCAGUUUAAAAACUGAGGUAUAGUUAUGCUGCAUUUCGACUUACCUCGGUAGUGUGGGAUGUUGGAAGUUACAUAAUUUCUGACUUCUGUGCAUUCGAGCUACAAAGUGAAAAACCAAGGACUCCUCAAUGCCAGCUAACUGCGAUGAGCAACGUAUAUUUACCUAUAAACCAUAAAGUCAGUGUUACAGAUUUAACAAGCAAAUACUUAUGUCGGUAUGUUGAUUGAUCUAAAGCAAAUACUUGUGUAUACAGUAAAACUCAUUCAAAGGUAAGAAUUAGUUUACUGAUGCUGUUUGUUUACUGAUGCUGAAGCUGUGAACAGCCAUUUUGAGUUGAUGUUACUUGCUGAACUCGGGGUCGAGGAGACGAAUCGAUCAGCAGGAAUUCAGGGAGGAGUUGAGGGAGCGUUUUCUUUCGUUUUUCCUAGUCAGAGAUUGGAAAUGACAGGUUAUGACCUUUAGCCAAGUGUUACAUUUAAAUGACAGUGUAAUGAAAUAAAGUGAUAAAAUAUC